GUGGCGCAGAACCGUUAAUAGCCGUUGGAAGCCUCCAAAGAGAAGCAAGGCCAAGGCGUGCAUGUCUGCGUAAUCACCUAGAAAAGCCCCCACCCCUUGCGGUGAAACCCCUAAGCCUUUGAACAGUCACAAAAUCCCCCUAUACUUUUCCACCCUAUUACGAAAAGUCCUCAGUCGUCACUCUGUCUCUCUCUGUGUAUUGCUUUACCCCGAAUCUCUUUCUCUCUUCGACGAUCACUCAGAUCCUCGAUCGGCCGCAACAAAAGGUUAAGUAGAUUCUUAUUCACCAUCAGUAUUGAUAAUUGGUGUAAACUAUCAAUUCAAUGCCUUCGGCCGUAUCGCCUCAGUGGCAUGAGAAGGCUAGUGGUUUCUUUUCGUCAUCCGGGGUGAAGCUUAAAGAAGCUGGGCAAUCUGCGGGGACAUUUGUGGGUGAGGUUGCCAAGGAUGCAAAGGGGAAUGUUACUGAUGUGGCUGGAAAAGUUGGGUCUAUGGUCAAAAGUCGAUGGUCGCUUCUCCAACAGCCAUCUACAAGGCAUGCCAUGCAGGACCGUCUUAUUUCCGCUGCUGCAACUACUGGCAUGUUGUUAAGGGCGGGCAUAUCUGAGACAAAAGAUAAGGUUUCUGUUGGAAAGACGAAAGUUGAAGAGGUGGCAAAGAGAACUGCACAAAAAAGUAAAACUAUUAUGACUGAUAUUGAGCGAUGGCAGAAGGGAGUUGCAAGCACUGAUGUAUUUGGAGCUCCAAUCGAGGUUACAGUGCAGCGGCAACAAUCUACCAGUCCUGUUCCGCAUAUAUUGGUUAAAUGUGCAGAUUAUCUAGUUCUGUCAGGGCUGAACUUGCAGGAGUUGUUCAAGUCUGGAGGAGACAAAAAGGUUAUUCAGCAAUUAGUUUCACUAUACAAUCAAGACUCAAAAGCAUCUCUGCCUGAGGGUGUGAAUCCAGUUGAUGUUGCGUCUCUGGCCAAGUGUUAUCUUGCAAGUCUACCUGAGCCAUUAACCACAUUUGAGCUAUAUAAUGAAAUUAGAGGUGCUCGAUCCAGCAUACAUGUGAUGAGAAAUAUACUGAAGAGGCUUCCUACUGUUAACUACAUGACACUUGAACUGGUUACUGCACUCUUACUUUCCGUUAGCCAGAAGUCAUUUCUUAACAAGAUGGAUGCUCGAAGCCUUGCUAUGGAAAUUGCCCCUAUCAUCAUGUGGCAAAAAGGGCGGAGACCAGAAUAUUAUAGACAUUUCUGGAAUCAGCCAUCAAAAACUCAUUCCAAGAAGAACAUGGAUUCUGCUUCAAAUUAUAGUGCAUGGAACAUGCUAGCAGAAGAGGGCGAAGAUAUGGAUGCAUCCUCACCCAUUCCUUUGGACGACGGAUUGCAAGUGGACUUUGGUGCUAUUGAGGUUGUUCAGUGCUUAAUAGAACACCACAAUGCAAUCUUCACAGAAGCAAAUGUGACUGUCUGGAGAUGAUUUUCAUGGUCAUAUUUCCUCAUACUUGAUGGAUUCCUUGUAUUGGAACCUCUAAAAAAUAAUUUCUCCAGAUGGGAGUUUCCAAGUGUUACUUGGGGGUGUUCUUUGCUUAGUAGAUAUUGUGUUCUUCAGCAGCUUUGGGGUGUUAAUGAUUGUAGGUCUGUACAUUUGUGGAGUUAGAAUAGUAUAGGUCUCUAACUUGUAUCCAGAAUAUACUCUCUCUCUCUCUCUCUCUCUCUCUCUAAUUCUUUUUUGGGGGUAAUAUAAAACUGGGUUGUGCAUGCGUUGCUAUAAUUGUGGUUUGUUAUAUUCUUUGA